GCCAUGGUAAAGGUUGAAGUCCAACCACCGACGCAAGUCCAGGCGGGAGCAGUCAUGUACCCACCGCUCGUCGUAAGCUACAAGAGCGAUGAUGCCUACGACUUUAUACAGGUUGCCCUCAUCGACUCCUACGGACGCGUCCUCGAGGACCAACUAUACGGCACACUAACAACAUCCGGCAAGAGUAUGCAUGACAGAUCCGCUUCUCGAAGCAGCCGAGUUAAGGAAUACUCUGUCUUCCCCGAUCUCGCCGUGAGCUAUGCCGGCGUUUACGCUCUUCAAGUGAGUGCCAUCCGGAUGGAUUAUGCAUCACCUGAUGGUGCGGCGGCAAUCAUCGCCGCGUCGACAACGACAACACAAAUUAUUGCCUACGAUCAGAGCGUCGCUACGGAGAUUCCAUCCCCUGAUGAGCAGUCUCUUCUACGAAAACUACGACGAGAUGGUGGAUUUGGCGUUCCUAGGGCGCCCAGAUAAAUCAACACCAAAUCUGUUGUACAUCUAUGGAGGCACGCUUGGAUUUAAGAAAUUGUGAUAAAUUGGAACCUAACUUGUAGAAGUGAAAAGAUAGAGGUGGUAUAGAGCAGGAGUGGGUGUACAAGAUGUUUAGAGCUUUAUUAGAAGUCAAUCUUUAUA